AUGAUUAAGAGGGACAGUUGGGGGCAUUCAUAUUUCAUAGUCAGAGGUGAAAUUCUUGGAUUUUAUGAAAGACGAACAACUGCGAAAGCAUUUGCCAAGGAUGUUUUCAUUAAUGAAGAACGAAAGUUGGGGGCUCGAAGACGAUCAAAUACCGUCCUAGUCUCAACCAUAAACGAUGCCGACCAGGGAUCGGCGGAUGUUGCUUUUAGGACUCCGCCGGCACCUUAUGAGAAAUCAAAGUGUUUGGGUUCCGGGGGGAGUAUGGUCGCAAGGCUGAAACUUAAAGGAAUUGACGGACGGGCACCACCAGGAGUGGAGCCUGCGGCUUAA